AUGAUGCUGUCGCCGUCAGCAGGCUCAGGAGCAAUCAACUCCAUCUUGGAUGCUGUCACGCUUGCAAACUGGAUUGUUUGCCUGCGUCCAUUCUCGGCACUGGAUGAGGCCAGUCGCGAACUGGAGGCCUUUCAGAGCGAGCGCUUGCCAUGGGUCAAGGCUUCAUUCGAGCUGUCCAAGGUCUUGAAAAAUAUGCUAGCUAGAAAUUUGAAGGCAAAGAUCAUCAGGACCGUGUCCAAGAUUGGAUCCCAGUCCCUGACGCAAAGGAACCUGAUCAAAAUGACUCAAAACCAACCCUAG